CUUGCACUGAUGGCGAUCCAGAAUUGCUUCAACAACAGCAACUCCAGCAACGACAGCAACUCCGAAAGACAAUUGCUAAAGCGAAAAAAAAAUUUAAAAUAUUAGUAAUAUUUGCAUUAGAAAAAAUAAUUAUUAUUGAUAAUCAUGCGGAAUAUAGAUUAUUUUAA